AUGGCACUAUGUUCUGCUAAUCCCACCUCUCAUAAUCAGAACAAAUCCAGUCUCGGGGAAAAUAAAAAUACAUCAAGUUCAUUUUCCAUUGAAAGCAUUUUGGGGCUGGAGCAGAAAAAAGAUGGUACUCCAGCUGCAAAGCCUCACAGGCCAUGGGUGGAUAAAUGGAAUGAUUUAGGAGAGGACUGUAAUCCCUGUUUGCGUACCCCUGCCAUUUCCUAUGCAAUCCCAUUGUUUCAUGCAAGCAGCUACCCAGAUGCAGAAGAAAGAGUUCUGAAAUGUGAAAACUAUUUUGCAGUCAAUGAAAGGCUUUCUUACAAAAGGGAAUUGAGUUGGUACCGUGGUAGGAGGCCAAGGACUGCAUUCACUCGAAACCAGAUUGAACUACUGGAAAAUGUUUUUAGAGUGAAUUCCUAUCCUGGAAUUGAUGUCAGAGAAGAACUAGCCCAAAAAUUAGAUUUAGAUGAAGACAGAAUCCAGAUCUGGUUCCAGAAUCGCCGGGCAAAAAUGAAGAGAUCACACAGAGAAUCUCAGUUUCUAGUGGUGAAAAAUGCUUUCCCAGAAAAUAUGAUAAAAUAGGAUGAAUCCCCAAAAAUCACAAAUAUAUUGUAGAAUUUAAUGAAGUGUUCACAAACUGAAUGUAGUAUUAAAGAAUCAUGAUAUUGUUUCUAAAAUUGACUAGGAUGCACUUCAGGUAGUUUUCAAAGAGUGUAACAAUUUUACCGUGGAAAAUAAACUGCGAAUACAAUCGUUGCAUGGUUCCUAUUCAUAUUUAAUUUGACAAUAACAUUUUCUCUAACAGUUUGGUUGACAUUUAUUUUUGCAAAAA